UUUGAUCUUACCUGUUCCUCUAUCCAGCUGCGCGCUGUCUUCCCGGCUUCUGUAGUGUCGGCGCUCGGCAUGACAGCCUGGUGCCCAGUGCGCAUGAGCGAGAAGCAACUUGCGCUUUGUGAUUGGUCCGGCGGCUUCUGGGAUCUGUCAUGUGUCCCAGGUACCGCCUUACCAUUCACAAAAAGAACCGCUUCUUGCGCAUGCGCACUUGUCACAAGGCUGUCAUGCCCAGCACCCACACUACAGUAGCCGGGAAGACAGCGCGCCGCUGGAUAGAGGAACAGGUAAAGUCCCGCUGCAGAGCUGAGCGGCCGGCCCAGUAUUCUGACACGGCGGCUGUGGGUGGAAAUACCGGACCGGCUGCUCCAUAUUCGCUCCAUAAGACGCACUGACAU